AAAGUUGUGGGGAAUAUAAUGUGGAAAAAUCUCUUCCUUCAAAACUAGCCAGUGAUGAUGCAAUUAGUAUAGUACCAGAAACGGUCCUUGCUCACAAGGUGAUCAACAAAGCAGGGAACUCCGUGAAUCCAGUGUUAAUUCAGUGGCAAGGACAGAAAAAUGAUGUGGCAAAGGAUGUAAUUAGGAGUACGUUCAGAGAGGCAGAGAGAGUAAAGGGUAGAAAAUAUGUUAUUAUUGUUUCUGUAUGA